CAGUCCCAGUCUUCCUUGGACCCUUUGCCUCUAUUAAUUAGGCCUUUAGCCUUGUUUUUCACCUUUAGGAGACAUCAUCGAUCCCUCUCUCUUCUGAUCUCACCAUGACUCCAGUUUUUCUGAACACUGCAUCAUCUUCUCCUUUUCCUGCUCUGGAGCUUAAAGAAGAUCAUCAACACUUCCAGCUCCUUUUUAGUACAAACCCACCAUCAUACCAAGCUUCUUCCUCUCACCCAUGUCCUAGUUUCUUCAACUCAAGUACUCAAUCUCAGAGAGGAGAUCAUAGCCCUAGAGACCCCCAACAGCAUGAAGAUAAGGAUGAUAAGUACAUUUCCCAUGGAGGAUGUGGUGAAAGCCAAGUAUUCUCAUCUUCUUCACUCCUGCAGCCCAUGGCGGAUGACAAUAAGAGCAGCCACAAAUUAUCGGUUUUUAAGAAGGAAGAAGGAGAUGAAGGUAAUAAAAGUACUGAGAAAUGGAUGUCUUCAAAGAUGAGGCUGAUGAGAAAAAUGAUGAACUCGGAUUGCACUACAGCGAAAAUCGAGCGGAAGGUUGAAGAUCAUCAGCAGUGGGACAAUAUUAAUGAGAUCAACUCUUCCAACAAUACUAGUAAUAUCCCAAUUAGAGUCUGCAGUGAUUGUAACACAACCAAAACCCCUCUUUGGAGGAGUGGUCCUAGAGGUCCCAAGUCACUUUGCAAUGCCUGUGGAAUUAGGCAAAGGAAGGCGAGACGAGCCAUGGCAGCAGCGGCAGCAGCAGCAGCGAAUGGCACAGCUGUUGGGACCGAGACAUCGCCUAUGAAGAUGAAGCUGCCCAACAAGGAAAAGAAGAUGCAUACAAGCAAUGUAGGGCAACAGAAGAAGCUCUGCAAGCCCCCUUGUCCUCCUCCCACCGAGAAGAAGCUUUGCUUCGAAGAUUUCACUUCGAGUAUUUGCAAGAACUCAGGUUUUAGACGAGUGUUCCCUCGGGAUGAAGAAGAAGCCGCGAUCCUCCUAAUGGCCUUAUCUUGUGACCUUGUUUACAGUUGAUUAAUUGACAUUUCGGCUCCCCACUUCCCAUUUUUUUCUUUGGAUUAUGAUUAAGGUUUUGUCUGUGUACGAGAGUGAGUUGAUCAUUUGCUUCACCAUAGCUGAUCUCCAAAUAAAUAUCAUAGAGUAUCCGUCUUAGGCUUCAAAUAAAGCCCCCUUUUGCUGUAAUAUCUUUUUCUGCUUUACCCGAAAUAAUAGGGUUUUUUUUGUUUUCUUCAAA